CCGGCCCCCUCGACAGUCCCUAGUGGUAACAGCUAUAUCUGCGAUAGGUGUGGCAAGUCCGUGGCCUCGCAAGAUAAGUUGACUAGGCAUUACCGAAACCACAAUCCUCAUCGACCUUGUCCCCAUGAUGCUUGCAACAAGAAAUAUGCACAGAAAAAAGAAUUGGACCGCCAUAUACGGUCUAACCAUGCUUCGUGGGCAGCGAAGCAUCCCGAACUGGCUGGUUUGUCUCCUAUCAACAAUAUAGUGUGUGAGGACUGUGGAUAUACUGCAGACAGGCCGGACAAUGUCCAAAGACACAUUAAAAAGUUUAAUGGAGGAUGUGUCAAGGAGGGCAAAUGAGGAUCACCAGAAUAUGUCUUUUUGAAUUGUUGGGCAUUUUUUCUUCUUUCUUUCUUCUUUUCUUUCUCUUUCCUUCCUCUUCUGCCUUUUGUCUCUCUCUCUCUCUCUCUGUCUGCGCAAUCUAUGUUCGAGUGUUGUUAUGAUUGUCUCUGAACGGGCGGACCUGACGGAUGACGAUUUUACGAAUUCCUUCUUGUUCUUUGAUCUCUUAGUCUAAAGGUUACUUGUCAGUUUGUCUUCUAUGAUUUCAUAUUGAGUUGCUUUGUUCUGUAUUCCUGUCUCUGGGAUUUCUUGCGUCAAUAACCACUCGUCUUUUUUCAAGUCGAGGAUUAUUUUCUUCAUUGUUGACGAGAAUCAUGACCAUGAUGAGCUGGAGCUAGUCAAAUGUGAGCAAUUUCUCCCAUAUG